AUCCUGUGCGCCGCCGGUCUCACACUAGCAGAAAGAAGGUCGCAAGCAGAACACAUCCGAAACCGACGGCAAACAAUUUAUACAAGAUCAUGUUGGGACAGGCUGUACGUCGCUUCACCACAUCGGCGGUGCGUUCUUCGCACUAUGGCGAGGGACCAGGAAAGAACCUGCCAUUCUCUGUGGAAAACAAAUGGCGCCUGCUCGCAGGAAUGGUGUUGUUCUUCGGAAGCGGCUUUGCCUUCCCCUUCAUCGUCGUCAGACACCAGAUCCUCAAGAAGUGAAGUGAUGCGAUGUUGCUUCGCUGGAGCCAAGGGCUACAGAUGGUACACGUGUGUCCACCAGAGUUCUAUUCGUUUCAAAGAAUGGGAGUUCCCUAACUGUCUUUGUAAAUAAAGUUAUCUGAAAUCAAUCUGAUUUUGUGUAU